AUGUGGCCUCAGAUGAACCCACUGUCAUUGUCCCUGGCAGCUUUGCUAGCAGCUCCUCUGGCGCAGGCAAAUCCUGCCCGUGGCUGUCGCCCAAAGUGCUACCCAGACGACUUCCUCCAAUUUCUGCGCUCGCCGUCCAACCUGCCAGAAGUGCUGCCGUUUUGUAGCACGUUUCUCCAUUUACCAGCUUCUACUAUCACAGCCACGACUGUGACACCAACGACCACCGCAUACUCUACGAUCUUCACCGAUGUGUCCCCAACUGCCACGAUCUACACCGAAAUUGUCGAAACGGUGAUUCCUACGCGGACUACUACGGUCACAAACGUACACACCGAAACGAGCACUGUGACUGACACGUCACUUACGACGGAAUUCGUCACGGUGACUGCCGCGGUGGUGCAGGGACGUGCUGUCUCAAUGCCUCUCUCGCAACGAAUUACUCAGUCAUACGACCCGAGUAAAAUAUCCAGUGGCUGUGCUUGUCUGACGAUCCCCAUCUCAACAAUCUACGCCACGGCGACAGCACAAGCGGUAACAAUCACGGAAACGGAUCAAGCAGCAACAACGGCGCCUGAAGUUACGCAAGUUCUUACUUCUUACCAAACCACCACUCUUGCUGAAGUUGUGGAGACUACGACGAUUGACAGCACGGCCGUUGUUCCAGCGACUACCACUCAAGUAUCAGUGGUAACAUCUACAGUCACAAACACCCCCACUGCCUCUGUAACUGGAAACUUUUACAUCCGGAACGUACGCCCAGCGGCGGACAACUUUUUCACAGGCAACUUUCUCCUCAACCGAGAUUUCAGCGCUACCAAUAAGAUCCAGGCUGCCACGAUUGCAGGAGCCAACACCACAGCUCCUCGUAUGGGCCUCACUCCAGAGGGCUACCUCACUAUCAUGCAAUCUCGAGUAGCUGCCUCAUCCGUCACGGGAACAGAAGACCAGACGUGGAUCGCCUUCGUCCACAACGGUGUGAAUAGCGAAUUCCUCGCUUUCGACAAACUAGCCAACGUCCAGGCAUGUUCAACCUGCCGACCACUGCAAUUUGCAAUUAGUCAAGAGUCGGACGGGACCUAUAUCAACCUUUCUUCGAAUGAGGGAGCAAGAGCCAUCUACAUCUGCGGCCCUAAUGCGAGCGCUGGUGUCAGCUUUUAUGCGUUCUGGACUAGUCUCACAGGAGCUCCAACGACGAGUUGUUUCUUGCAGCGGAUAUACGAGUCCAAAGAGGGAGUUGCUGGGCCUACGUUUGGGACGCCAACUCACGGAUAA